UGUUUAUUCUUAUGGCAACAGAUGGUCAAUACCAACUGGACCAGUGUAUCCCAUUUUGUUCUCUUGGGCAUUUCUACCCACCCAGAGCAGAUUCCACUCUUCCUUCUUUUUCUACUGAUGUAUGCAAUCAACAUUUCUGGGAACUUUGCCAUCAUCACACUGAUUAUCUAUACUCCACGCCUCCACACCUCCAUGUACAUCUUCCUCAGUAACUUGGCUUUGGCAGAUGUCUGCUUCACUUCUACCACAGUCCCCAAGAUGCUGCAGAACAUUUUCUCUCCUACAAAGGCUAUUUCCUACAUGGGAUGCUUAGCCCAGACUUAUUUCUUCAUUUGCUUUGCAGCCAUGGAAAACUUCCUUCUGGCUGUGAUGGCCUAUGACAGAUACAUCGCCAUCUGCUACCCUUUCCGCUACCCUAUGAUCCUGACCAGAACGUUGUGUUCACAGAUGGUGGCUCUGUGCCAUAUCCUCUCCCAUCUUCAUGCCCUGCUGCACACCUUUCUCAUGGGCCGAUUGAUCUUCUGUGCAGAUAACAAGAUCCCGCAUUUCUUCUGUGACCUCUACCCUCUGAUGAAGAUUUCCUGCUCCAGCCCCUACCUCAACACCCUGAUGAUUCACAGAGAGGGUGUUAUUGUCAUCAAUGGUGCUCUGGCCUUCAUCAUUACCUCCUGUGCCCACAUCAUCUCAGUGGUCCUCCAGAGCCCCUCAGCCAAGAGCAAGUGGAGAGCCUUUUCUACCUGUGGCUCCCACCUCACUGUGGUGGCUAUCUUCUAUGGCACACUCUCAUGGGUCUACUUCAGGCCCCUUACCAGCUAUUCAGUGACUGAGGGUCGCAUCCUGACAGUCAUGUACACGGUGGUAACCCCCAUGUUGAAUCCCUUCAUUUAUAGCCUGAGGAAUGGGGAUGUCAAGGGAGCCUGCAGAAAAUGGGUGAGCAGAAUAUGGACUUCUUUCUUUAGACAAAACCCCAAAACACAGUUCCUAGUUUUCCCAGUGAUUCUGGGGAAACAGUUUUGUCCCUUACACAUCUGUUUCCUUUAG